CCAAGGCCGCGCAUUGCUGCACAGCUUUCUUGGCAGUUUGGACUGUCCUGGGAGAGGAGGAAUGCGUAUACAUACCCCGUCCUGCUCAACGUCCUACCCAGAAGCGUGGCUGACGCCGAAUCGGGCGAAGGGCCGGACAGACAGACAGACAUGUGGUCACGGAGGGUGAUGAGAGCGAUGCUGCUGUUGCUGUCCUGCGCCACGGCAACGCUGCCACAUCAAGGGGAAGGAGGGGGAGGGAUGGACCGAAUCCUAAAGCCAGACCGUCCCAGGCCAGAUCAAACGGACGGAGGCGAAGAUGGAGCUUGGGGGGGCGAGCGGGAGAACGAGGACCCCCGGUCCCGUUCCUUCGACGACGCCGCGGAGACCGCGGACCAGAAUAGCACCGCCCGCCCUGACCCGGAGCCCGAACCCGAACCCGACCCCAGGACCCCGUCCGGGACGGGUCCGUGCUUCGGCCUGGUGGAGGAGCACGAGGCCGUCGGGAGGGACCUGCUGAACGCGGUGCUCGAAGGCUGGGGAAGGGAAAGGGAGCCGGAGCAGGAGGAUCUGACCCGUUUCGGACUUUGUUCCGAUCCGGAUGGGAACUCGACCGGCCUGGACGCAGUGCUGUCUGCCCUAGCAAAGGGUGUGGAGAAAGACAGGGGCGGACUGCACGUUUUACACCCCACUAAAGAGCUCUGGGGGGCAGACGAGGAGCACCAGAGGAGAGAGCUGACCCUCCGCUUCCUCCUGCCCCCCCCACUGCCCCACUCCCGCCUCGGCGGCCUGGCCCCCGUCCUGAUCUUUGCCCUGGGGGGCACCGCCAGCACGGGUGCGAUGAGGGUGUCCUUCGGCAGCCCGUCCCUCCUCCCGCACCGACAGACAGUUUGCGUUUCAGCUGGGACCCGAUACGCAGUCCUGACCAGGAGACAAACGAAGGACCACGGUCACGGUCAAGGUCAAGGUCAAGGUCAAGGUCACGUGGUGCUGCGAAUUACGGUGGAGGCGAACCGGGCAGAGGAAGGGGAGAAGAGGAGCCUGCAGGACCUGCUGACAGGGGAGGGAGUCGGGCGUACUGGCACCCAGGGUCCUCUGCUGUUGUUCCAGAGCAGAAUACUGGACAGCGCAGACUCUCCUAGCAACGGAUUGGCACCAGAGGUGAGUCCAUCCCCAGGGCCUCUGGCACCCUCCCGGACUUUCCACUUCCUGUGCGUCCUGCAGAAAUUCCUGAGCGAGGCCCUCUCCCCGGAGAAGGCGGAGUCUGUUCCGGCUCAGGCUGCCUCCGUCUCCCUGGACUCCCUGCAGUCCCUGCCUCCCCUGACCCUGGGAGCCUCCUCCAGCGAGUCGCUCCUCCUGGGGCUCCUCAACUCCUCGGCCCCGACCUUGUUCUCCUUCCCCCGCCGGGCCGGCGAGCUGCUGGAGCACCGGGUGGAGCUGGAUCUACAGCCCCCCCUGGUGGCCGUGUUGAGACUGCGGCUGGAGGAGGCCGCGGCCCGGGCGGCUCGGGAGGCGACGGGAGGGUGUGGCCUCGGCGACCGGCUGCAGCGGCUGCGGGAGCUCGGCUCGCUGCCCGGGGAGGGUGCAGCGCCCCCAGCAGAUAAGGGGAGCGACAGAGAGGCGCAGUAUCGCGCCCUGCUCCUGUUCAAGGCCCUGCAGACGGUGCUGGGGGCCUGGGAGGAGGAGCGCAGCCUCCGGUCCGCCCGGGGGGGUCAGGAAGGCUCCGGAAAGGGGGGAGGGUGCCGGCUGCAGCCGCUGUCCGUGUCGCUGAAGAGCUACGUGCUGGAGCCCGCCACGGCCGCCAUCAACAACUGCGAGGGCCCGUGCGGCUUCCCGCUGGCGGAGGCCAACAACCACGCCAUCCUGCUGCACAGCCACGAGCAGAGCGGGCAGCCGCUGGGCCGCUCGCCUUGCUGCGUGCCCCUGCGGUACGCCGACCUGCAGGUGGUGGAGCUCAAGGGGGCGGGCACCGAGAUCACCAUCAAGCCCAACAUGGUCGCCAUGCGCUGCGGCUGCCGCUGAAGGAGGGGGAGGAGGGAGGGGUGGAGGGGGAGGGGGGUCGGGGGCGCGGGAACGCUGAGGUUCCGCAGGACCCCGCCCCUGACCCCGCCCCCGUUCCCGCUCGCGCCCGUCUGCGUUUCCGAACUCAGCUACCCAAAAAAAAACGACCAGACUGGUGGUCCUCACUUUGUACAUUCGUUUUUCUUUUAUUUUUUUUUCUUCUUUU